AUGGGCUGUGACGUCCCAAGCGGCCCUAUUAAGGGCAAUGGCGCCCAGGGGUCCUUCCAGGGGCAUGGACGCUCCCAAGGGACCUCCCAGAUGCUGAGGUGGAGCCCUACCACAGGAGGCGGGUUCUCCUUAGGGGUGGCGGCGAUCCCAGGGACCCUGCCAGGGGCAGUGGCCCCCCCCAGGGGCCAUCCCACGGGUGGGGGCGCCCCCAAAGUCCCACCAUUGGCCGGCGAACCUGCAAGGACCCUCCCAGGGGUGGUGGUGGCCCCACGAGCCUUCCAGGGGCGACGGCGCACCCGGGGGCCUUACCAGGGGCGGCAGCACCCCCAUGGGCCCUCUCUAUGGGUGGCAACGUCCCUAGAGGCCCUUUUCAAGGCCGGCGGUGCCUCCAAAGACCCUCCCAAGGGCAGUCGUGACCCCAAGGGCCCUGCCAGGGGCGGCGACGCUCCCAAGAGCCCUGCCUGGGGCGGCAUCGCCUGCAAGGGCACUUUCAGGGAAGGUGGAGCCCCAAUAGGCCCUGCCAGAGGCUGUAGCACUCCCAAGGCCUCUUCCAGGGGCUGUGGCGCCCCCAGGUCUCUCUCAGGAGCAGCGGCGCCCUCAAGGGCCCUCCCAAAAGCGGCGGAUCCCUUAGGGGCCCUACCAUUAGCUGUGGCACCCCCAGGACCUCUUCCAGGAACUGUGGAGUCCCCCGUGCGGCGCUCGCAGGGGCAUUCCCAGGGGCAACAGCGCACCCACCGGCCCUUCCAGGGGCAGUGGCUUCCCCAAGGGCCCAACUUAGGGGUGCCGGCACUCCCCGGGGCCCUCUCAGGGGCAACGGCGGCCACAGGUGUCCCUGUCAGGGGCUGUGGUAUACUCAGGGCCUAUUCCAGAGGGUCUGGCGUCUGCAGGGUCCUCCUAGGGGCGGCGGCGCCCCGUAGGGCCCUCCCAAGGGCAGCAGGGCCCCUGGGGUUCUCCUUUGGGGUGGAGAAGCUCUCCUGGACCCUCUCAAGGGCAGCGACGCCCCAAGGGGCCCCUGACAUGGGCUGUGACGUCUCAAGGGGCCCUAUUAGGGUGAUGGCGCCCCAGGAGUCUUCCAAGGGGCGUGGACGCUCCCAAGGGACCUCCCAGAUGCUGAGGCGGGGCCAUCCCACGGGUGGGGGCGCCCCCAAAGUCCCACCAUUGGCCGGCGAACCUGCAAGGACCCUCCCAGGGGUGGUGGUGGCCCCACGAGCCUUCCAGGGGCGACGGCGCACCCGGGGGCCUUACCAGGAACGGCAGCACCCCCAUGGGCCCUCUCUAUGGGUGGCAACGUCCCUAGAGGCCCUUUUUAAGGCCGGCGGUGCCUCCAAAGACCCUCCCAAGGGCAGUCGUGACCCCAAGGUCCCUGCCAGGGGCGGCGACGCUCCCAGGAGCCCUGCCUGGGGCGGCAUCGCCUGCAAGGGCACUUUCAGGGAAGGUGGAGCCCCAAUAGGCCCUGCCAGAGGCUGUAGCACUCCCAAGGCCUCUUCCAGGGGCUGUGGCGCCCCAGGUCUCUCUCAGGAACGCUUGGCGCCCUCAAGGGCCCUCCAAAAGCGGCGUUCAGCAGGGGCCUACCGUGCUGUGGCACCCCCAAGGACUCUUCAGGAACUGCAGGUCCCGUGCCCUCCCAAGGCGGCAGCGCCUGGGAGCCCUCGGGGGUUGGGGAUCCUGAGGGCGGCCCCUCACAGGAUCCCACUUUGCUUCCUUAGUUGUGGUGUCGUGCGGCGCUCGCAGGGGCAUUCCCAGGGGCAACAGCGCACCCAGCGGCCCUUCCAGGGGCAGUGGCUUCCCCAAGGGCCCAACUUAGGGGUGCCGGCGCUCCCCGGGGCCCUCUCAGGGGCAACGGCGGCCACAGGUGUCCCUGGCAGGGGCUGUGGUAUCCUCAGGGCCUAUUCCAGAGGGUCUGGCGUCCGCAGGGUCCUCCUAGGCGCGGCGGCGCCCCGUGGGGCCCUCCCAAGGGCAGCAGGGCCCCUGGGGCUUUCCUUUGGGGUGGAGAAGCUCUCCUGGACCCUCUUAAGGGCAGCGACGCCCCAAGGGGCCCCUGACAUGGGCUGUGACGUCUCAAGGGGCCCUAUUAGGGCGAUGGCGCCCCAGGACUCUUCCAAGGGGCGUGGACGCUCCCAAGGGACCUCCCAGAUGCUGAGGCGGGGCCAUCCCACGGGUGGGGGCGCCCCCAAAGUCCCACCAUUGGCCGGCGAACCUGCAAGGACCCUCCCAGGGGUGGUGGUGGCCCCACGAGCCUUCCAGGGGCGACGGCGCACCCGGGCGCCUUACCAGGGACGGCAGCACCCCCAUGGGCCCUCUCUAUGGGUGGCAACGUCCCUAGAGGCCCUUUUCAAGGCCGGCGGUGCCACCAAAGACCCUCCCAAGGGCAGUCGUGACCCCAAGGGCCCUGCCAGGGGCGGCGACGUUCCCAGGAGCCCUGCCUGGGGCGGCAUCGCCUGCAAGGGCACUUUCAGGGAAGGAGGAGCCCCAAUAGGCCCUGCCAGAGGCUGUAGCACUCCCAAGGCCUCUUCCAGGGGCUGUGGCGCCCCCAGGUCUCUCUCAGGAGCAGCGGCGCCCUCAAGGGCCCUCCCAAAAGCGGCGGAUCCCUUAGGGGCCCUACCAUUAGCUGUGGCACCCCCAGGACCUCUUCCAGGAACUGUGGAGUCCCCCGUGCCCUCCCAAGGACGGCGGCGCCCCCUGGGGCCCUCCCACGGUUGGUGGGGCUCCCAGGGGCCCUCCCAGAGGCGGCGGCGAUCCCAGGGGCCCUAUUAG